GAAGUGUCAACAUCGCCUUAGCGUACGCGGUAUCCGGGCACGUUCUACAGUGAGAGAAAAACGCCAUUUAAAUGCUCUUACGAUGAUGGAGAGCUUAUAUUUCUGUAAUGUAAAAUCAUGAUUUCAAGUAGAAAAGGUGUCAAAAUGAAAAUUCACAUUUGAUGACUGCCAUGCUUAUAGUUAAAAAAUGCUUUACAGUGCCCUAUGUUUUAAAAUUCGUAAAAAGUUGAAUCUUCAUGUUGAAAACAGCUCCUUUUUGCAACCUGGAACUGACAUGUUAUCUCAUGAUGUGCCACUGACUUUCCCUGUGCAAGAUGAAAGUUAGUGCUGUUGGCUGCUGCCCUUGCGAAUGGCCUUAUUUCCUGACGUUGUCGUACAUAUCUGGAAGGAAAAACCCUGACAUGGAGCAGGAAACAACAACAAAACCCGCAUCCCUGCCCUUGAAGGGCCUGGGUCGGCCUCCCGUCUCUAUAGAUACCCCUUCGGACACCACGGACUCAGUUAAGUCGCCGGACAUGAGUACAGACAGUGGAUUUGAGGGUGAACACCUCAACCGACCCUCACUGCUCCACACAUCACCAUCGAAGGAGGUCGUCCUAGGCUCUUGGCGCAGUGCCACAGAUUUUGCUGGAUCAGAAUCCACGAGCCCAAAGUCUCCCAAAAAAUCAACAGACGAUUCUGAUUUCAACGAGUCCCCCCUAGACAAAAAGUCCGUUCCCGACGCUCAGUCGGAAAGUGACGAAGAAUGCAUCUCGGAGCACGGCUGCUCGUUCUUUGCAACAAUGAGGCCCCGAGGUCGUCCAACAUGCGAAGAAGACAAGAAACUUGAUCGAAUCUCGGCCUUCGGUAUCUGUCUGGAGGGGGACGACUUGAAUAAGGAUUGCGAAGGAAAAGAUGGUCGUAUAGGUGAGUGUUUCACCUGCCACAAAGUGCAAUACAUACGCUGCAGGAACUGUACCGAUUGCUCUCGUUGCUCCCCCGACAUCAAAUGGUGUAGGACGAUAUCGUCCGUCCGUGAAUGCAAAAAUCAUGUUAUUUAUACUGAGGGGGAAGCAAACAGUGAGGAUGAGUAUGAGCUGCAUGGCAAGCCCGAUACAGAGACGGAUACAUCCGAUGAGAAAGUUUUUGAAGCAACUUACAGUGAUGAGACACUUAGUGCUUAUUAUGUGCCAUCUAAUGUAUCUGUUGCUGCAGAGGAGUUUCAUUUGUCUGUGAGAUUGCCUGAAGAACAGAAGACACCAAUCUGUGAGGAUGAUGAAGGGGAAGAAGAGCAGGGCAGUCCUUGUCUGUGUCACAUCGGAAUGUGCAAGUCCGAGCGUUGUCACGACGAGAGAUCCAAGUACACAACGGUAUUGAAGCCGAAAGCAGUCAGACCUACCACAAAUCCAGACAGGAGGGACCACCGCCGCAGCAGUCUGGAGUCCCUCCGUGGACGGCACGUUGUUGCGGUGAUAGGGCAACACCACGACAGACUUUCUGCAUUUCAUGAACGUCCAUCCAGUAGUCUUUCACAAAAUGAUGGGAUGCACUAUUUUUUUAGCAGAUCCUUAGAUGUGCCACCACUGGGAUCCCCCAUCAGGGGUGCUGCAUCGAGGCCUUCCGAUUUUCCUUCCUCUGAAUCUCUCAUUUUAAGCGACGGAGUUGCCGCGGGGUAUGCCAGUCCUCCCGAAGAGAAGCCCAUGGAAGUGGAUCCUAAGCUACAAGACGAGAGUCCCAGGAGCAAGCUUUUCGGCAUGCCUUGGGACCUGUUCUGUAAGGGAAACGAGGGGACACGCUACGAUCCAAAUAGUGAGCCUAUCCACAUGACUCUCGAGGAAGUCCACAGCUCCCUUCAGACCUUGGGACCCCGGGAGAGGAGAGCAGCGUACUCAGCACGGCAGUCAAGGAGCGUGCCGUCUGACGACAGCAAAUCCUCGUCGUCAUCCCUUGGUUUCUUGAGCUCGUAUCUCAGGCAGAAGAAGAAGUUGGCUCGAUCCAAAACGGAGUCGGAAGCACCAAAGCAGAAAAAGAGUCUUCAGGUCAUCAUCAGAAGUGCAUUUAACCACCUCUUUGGCCUCAAGAAGGGCCCGAAAUCAGAGGGCGAUGGGCCGAGUGCUUCGUGCGGCAGCGACAGGAAAUUAAGCCCCGACACCAGUCCUUUUGCCAACCGAGCCCUACCGCCCCUACCUUUGAGCAACAGUGUCCCGGAGUGGGUAGACGACGAUGAACAGUGGACGAUAGAGGGCUGUCACUCGCAGAUUUAUGAUCGCGAGAGUCAGGAAGACUUUGAAAGACGGAAGAUGGAUUAUGCUGCAAGCAUUGAAAGAGUUAAAGAUUGUGGCUGGUAUUGGGGCCCCAUCAGUGGGGAAACUGCAGAGGGACUGCUUAGGGGAGAGCCAGAUGGGUCAUUUGUGGUACGCGACUCCUCAGAUGAGCACUACAUCUUUUCCCUCACCUUCAAGCUCAAUGGGCUGGUCAGGCACGUGCGCAUAGAGCACGACCAUGGCAACUUCAGCUUCGGGUGUCUGCAGAAGUUCCGCUCAGCCACCAUCGUGGACUUCAUCGACUCUGCGGUGGCGCACUCCCGCUCCGGCCGCUACCUCUUCUUCCUGCACCGGCGCCCCGUCCUGGGUCCCAUGCGCGUCCAACUCCUGCACCCAGUCUCCCGGUUCAAGCAGGUCCAGUCCUUGCAGCACCUCUGCAGGUUCGUCAUCCUGCGCAGCCUACGCCGGGAUCUCAUCGACCGCCUGCCGCUGCCUCGCCGGCUCAAGGACUACCUCGACACCCCCCACUACUACGCGGAGGAGCUCGACCAACACCACCUCCGCUCGACACCCCCCGUCGCCCCCUGAGCGAGCAAAUGCACAAGAACUCUCUUUUUCUUUCUCUCUUCUGUGUCGAGCGAGACGCACUCUCUAAGGAAUCAAUAAACAAAGAGUCGAGACGAGCGUUCCCCGAGGGUGGGCCCGCUGCAUCCCCGAUGCACAUUCUCGCUUGCCGGUCAUGGAUAGCUUUGAAGUACGCAAUGAAUUCGAAUUCCAAUUUCAAUAGUAAUUCAAACCCCCUCAUUAUGUCAUUCCAGAGAUCCAAUGAUUAAUGUUGACAUCGGCAGCUGAAUAUCGACAUUCAGCAACGAAAGACUGAAUACUCCCAGUAUCGACACUUUCCAAUUUUGGCCUUUCACGGUUACAUAUACAGUAAAACCUGUAAUGUUGACUACUUUUUACUGGUACAGAAUUAGUCCUAUAUCAAACUGGUGGUGCUCAAUCUACGACCCGCAAAGGGGUUAAGUGUGGCCCGUUAGGUCCCUUGUUAGAACGAAUAAUUAGUGAAAAUGUCACAAAUUUGGAGCUAAUUACUCUGAAAUUGAUCUCUGAAAAACUGAUGCGUUUAAUAAAAUAAGCAUCAAGUAAUGAGUAACAACUAUUGUGAUUUUGUAAUUUUCUUUUCCAUACUUUUCCCUGUGUUCUGGCCCGCGGAAAUGAUUAUAAUAUGAAGUGUGGCCAUCGGGCAGAAAACGUUGGGCACCAAUCAACCUCUAUAAGUCAACCACCUGUUUAAGUUGACCAUUGCACUGCAAAUGGUCAGCUUACAAAGGUUUCACUGUAUAUAUAUCUAUCAUUGCUUCAUUUGGAGGGUGAGGAGUAAUUUUACGUUUAAAAUUCUACUUUUUACUUCAUAUUUAUGUGCUCAUCUGUAGUUCUAAAUCAUAGUCAUUUGUUGCUCAUGUUACCAAAAAAUUCAAUCUAAUAGGCAAUCCUAGGGGUCUAUGAACUUAUAGGAUAUGAUCCUGGACCCUAACUUUCUUUCGUUCUUGCAAUAUUUUGAGCUUUUUUACUUGUUAUUUAGCAUACUAGAAAAUCACCCGUCAAUCUAUAACUGGUGAAAAUAGCUUCUACAUUUGAACAAAGCAAUUGUCUGUUUGGUGAUAUUUUGAUAAUUGAAAUUUUAGCCCUAACUGCAGUGGCUUGAUCCUCAACUCCAGUAGAUAGCGUUCAUUAUUGACUAUUUUUUCUUUCUUCAGUCUCCUAAAAUGACCGUCUUACCAGUAAAACAGUACCAGAUCCAUUUCAGCCUUGUGAAAAUAAAGCAGCUUUACUUGCUCAGUGAAUUUGUUAUUAUUUAUAUUAGGAUAUUUCAAGAACAAGCUCCCUAUAAUUACCUCAUUGUUCCUUACAUUUGAAAAUGCCUUGCAUGAUUCAAAAAAGGUUUGAAAUAAUACUUUUUUAGAAAAAGUUUUCAAUGAUGCUUUUCAUAUGAGGCAGUGGAAGCAAAGGGAUGUAAGUGGCAAAAUUAAGAAUUUGGAGAUAACCAGUACUCAUGGUAAAUGAACCUCUCUUCUGUCUUGGGGGGCAAGAGAUGGUACUAGUAGCCCUGGUAGUUGCUAGCAUGAUUUAGAAAAAAAUUUCAAUGAAAGCCUACUAAGGACGCGUUUUACUCAAAACUUUAAAAUGUCCACUUACAUACCCAUGCUUCUCACUGCCUCAUACGAUAUAUUUAAUGGUUAAGUUACUAUGUACAGAGUGUCCAUAAUUAAACGACCCUCCUUUAAAAUUGGCUAUUGUUAUUCGUUAUUGGCUAAUUUUUUUCCAUAUUUGUUAUUCACUCAAAUUCGCCUCCCAUCAUUAUGUUCUACACAAAAUUUUGUCAAUUAACAAGAUUAAUGUGAGGAAAAAUAUAAAUUUUCUUACAUUAUACAUGGCACUUUGAAAGUGUGUAUAAUUUUCUUUGCCAAUUCAUGUCAAGCAACUUUGGCUUUAUUGAUGCAUGAAAAACAUUGGUUUGUCUUCUUAAAUUUAAAUUUUAUUUCUUAUCCUUUGUGAAAUGGUGUAGUUUGAUGUUUUCUUAUGAACAGUACAAAUAGAAUGUUUUAAUUUUUGCAUAAGAGAAUGAGAAAAAAAGGCUGUAUUUAUCGGGAACAAAAAGUGCAAUUUGUUGCGAGCUUAAGAAAAAAUAUGAAGAUAUGUUAAUCUUCCCCGUCCCCUUCUCAAUAGUAAUAUGCUCUUUAAGUCAGUAUUUAUACUUAUUAAGUGUCUUUUGAUUGUUGUUAAGUGGAGCAAAAAGUAGUUAUUUUUAACAACUCCUAAAUAAUUCAUUUUCAUUGUUAUUUAGUACUCAUUAAAGAAUUUUUCCCUUUUAACACAUUUUUUUUUCUGCUAAUCCUUUGAACAACUUCUCCAAGCGGGUUCCACUUUGUGUUAAUGCUUCUUUUUCUUUACUAGUGUAACAACCCUUAGCUGCCUCAACUGCACACUUCUAACUCAAGGGAUGCAAAGCAAUUUUUUGCCAGUUUUUGAGUUUGAAGUUUUUCAUAUCAUCCAGCCAUCUUGUUCGUGUGUACUGCCUGACCAUGGAUUGUAUUGAAAGGCAAACAUCUGGUUUAAACAUGGAAAUGAACGCAUCUCUUGUUUUUAGGGACGUCAGCUUUUGCAGAUUUAUGUAAGCCUCUAAAUUAAGCAGAGUUUCAUUCCAAUGAGUGGAACACAUUGCAUCAAAUUUUUAUUUUUCCCCCUGAUUCAGAUAGACUCGUCUGAACUGGACGCUUGCCAAUUCCAUACACUAUGUGGCUGGACUGUCUGAAUGUGCUCAUUACAAUAAUAUAGUCGGUUAAGUCUUAGGAUAUUCAUUCAAGAAAAAAGUAAUAAAUAGAGUAAUUUCAAAUGCAAAUAAUGGGAAGGAGGUCAUUAUUAUACUUAAAUAUUACUGGGAUUACAAUUUUGUUAUGUGAUUAAAAUUUGAUUUUUAAAAAAUGAACAUACAUUAAAAUUUUAAUUUUAACAUUUUCACUAAUUGAUAUUAUUGUUAAUUCUAAGUAUACAUUUUUACUGUUAGUGUGAAACUGAUGUACAAGGAAAUUACAUUGUCUUAAGUUUAGAUUAUCGAAGUUAAUGUUUUCGUGUCAAAUUCUGAACAUUAAAAACUAUUUGAAGGAAAAAUAUCAAUUUUAUAAAUUUUUGAGUGGAAAUAAACUUUGUCAGAAAAGAUGCAGAAGUAACUGGGUCCCCCCUCUCCCUUUUUUUCCCAAACAAUUUCCAACUUUACUUAAUAGAUAUUCUGAAAAAUUAAAAAAAAAAUGGAAUUUCAUGACUGUUUUCGUGGUAUCUUGUUAUGUGCAAGCACUUUAUGGAUGGGAUGCAGAUGACCCACUCUAAAGGGAACAGACCACAACAAGAAUAGGUGUUUCAGUAGUGUUUGUGUCAUUUAAGAGUGAUCAUUUGUCUGUAUCGUCGACGCCCGUCAAAAACAGGAUUCUGUAUUUUUGUUCUACUCUUUCUCUGUUGUUUAUUUAAAGAAAGAUAAUGUUGCAGAAUGAUUUCAUUAUUCUCUUCUAUUUAUAUCAGAUUUAAAUAAAAAAAUG